AUCAUCACAGACUUACGCGACGCGUCUCCACUCUCUGAACGUGCCUUCUACAAACCACAACCCAGGGCCAAACCCCAAAAUUACACGAAUUUACGACGUUUAAGCGCUUCAAUUCGCAAUGUUCAGGAGUAAUUUCAUGCGUGUAUUGUCUAAACGACCAAUUCAACAGCUGCGACUAAGUUUCCGGAGGUCUGCAGCGACUUCCGUCGGCAACACGCCAGUGAAAUUGACCGCCGAAGAAGCAGCCAUCGCAAAACGUUUGCCAGACGUUAGUCCGGAAGAAAUUGUCUCUACAGAAAAAACCGCAAACUUUUGGAGGAACGUGUCGCUGUACCUUUGUAUACCGGCAAUUCUGCUUUCAGUACUAAAUGCUCGUUACUUAUAUAAGAAGCACCAAAAGCACAUGAAACAUUUGGAGGAGUCCGGAGAACUCGAGGAAGAGCCGAUAUACGCCUACGAAAACAUCCGGAACACCAAAUAUCCUUGGGGAAAUGGCGAAAAGACACUCUUUUGGAACGACAAGGUCAAUCGACUUAAAAAGGAAGAAUAGACGGGACUGAGACGUCCACGACGAGGAGAACACAAGGAAGUGUCACAACAAAGGUGUCCAGCACCUUGUUUUUGUAUUUUUAUUAACAGAGUUGCACUUUGUGGAAUUGCACUCCCAAGUCUACUUGUUUUUGCCAUUAAAGCGAAUGUGUUGACGAACGACACGGUCUGCCACAGCCAUGGAGACGGGGGGACGCUGAUCCUGCUCGGAAUGGUUCUGUUUCUGCUCAACCUUUCUGAUUUUCUCAGCAUACUGUUUCAAACGCUGCAGCUCGACCAUGAUAGGGUGAUCGUUUGUGUCUACGGCAUUCAGUUUCAAGUAGGAGAACAGCGAUGAAGCCAGAGCAUAGCUGAGACUGACAAACGUCUUUGCCUGUUCGAGAUCCGACUUUCCCUCCUUCAGCUCGAACACGGACGAGACUUUCUCGAGUGGUUGAAUGACCUCCUCCACUUGCCCGACCUGCUCUUCGAGACGCUUGAGAAUUUCCUUGUAAUCCUGAUUCAUAGCGCUCGCUCAAGGUAGAAAAUCGCCGCAGCUGUACUAAGACAUUUGCGAUUUAGUGACAGCAUGCGAUGCGUUAUUGUGUAUUAAGGAGAAUCACUACGAUUUACCGAGCUCCGCAGAGGCGUACGGGGUCGCAAAAAUGCACUACCGUGCAGAGUGUUUAACGCGGACUAACAAAGUAAAUACAAAUUUCAGUAAUGCGACUUUAAUGAAUUUCGUAACGCUCAC